UAAACACGAAGUUGAUUAGUAUAUUUGAUAUAUGUUUGAAUUUUGUCAGAUAACACCUGACUUAGUAAAAUGAAAUCUCUUGCUGUUGAUUUCGAAAUAAACCCGGAAGAAAAGUUGUUUGAAGAAAGUGUCAUUAAAGAUGAAUGUGUUUAUGCUGAUCUAUCAUCUAAAUUUAAAUUUAGAACAAGAGACUUUUCUCGACAAUACGCUCAUAUUUACACAAAGCGAUUGCUACAAAUGAAGGAUAUUAUCACCAAAAGAGCGAAACAAAAAUGGGGUGAUGAACUUAAAAUUCGAAGGCUUGCAGAACUUCAAGAUGACAGUAAUUCUAGAUGUGUGGUCAUUGGAACACUUUAUAAGGACCAGGAACUGAAGCCCAGCAUCUUAAAAGAAAUAAGUGAAGAAUUCCAGUUAGUACCUCAGAAGAAAAUGGUGCGAUUUGUAUCUGAUACUGACAAAGUAAUUUUGGAGGAUGAACUUCAAAGGAUUGUACUCAUUGGUAUUGAUGCUAGUACCGUGGUUACUGGAACAGUAUGUGCAGUGCUUGGUGUUGAGGAUGCUUCAGGGAAAUUUAAUGUUGAAAGUAUUUGCUUCCCAGGUCCUCAAGCACCUUCUCCUUUUAUUCUUCUGCCAAAAAAUAGUAAUAAGUAUGCACUGCUGUUAAGUGGGCUUGAUUUAGCAACUUCAUCCGAUACACUCCUUAGUCUUCAGCUGCUUAUUCAAUGGUUGUCUGGAUGGUUGGGUUCAGAGCAAGAAACUACCUCUUUUGUUCUUAUUGCAGGAGGUCUUUUAAGAUCAACUAGUGAAGAUUUAGAAGGAAAAAUUGUAGGUACCUCUAUUGAUAGCUCAUCUGAUAUUACUACAGCUCUGCAGUUGGCUGAUGAGCUUUUUGCUGAACUUUCUGAAACCAUGAAUGUUGAAUUAAUGCCUGGGCAAUUUGAUCCUACAAACUACUUGCUUCCACAGCAGCCUGUAAAUCUUCGUGUAUUUCCCAAGGCUAUGGCGAAUAAAACAUUUAAUGGAGGGACCAAUCCACAUAAAUUCCAAGUAGAAAACGUCCUUUUCACUGGAAGCAGUGGAGAACCCAUUACUGAUAUUGGUCGCUACAGUAAGAUGGAAGAUCCCUUAGAUGCAUUAGAAGCAACAUUUCAUUGGGGUCAUUUAGCACCUACUGCACCUGAUACAUUGGGCUGUUAUCCUUAUUAUGAUGAAGAUCCAUUUGUUUUGGAAGAGCAACCAGAUGUAUUUUUCAGCUCUAAUCACAGUUCCUUUAACUCUAAAAUUAUUGAGUUUAACCAUGGUGAUGUGGUUCAAAAAACAGCAUUAGUCUGUAUACCUUCCUUCAGCAAAACUAAGACUGCGGUUCUUGUAAAUCUCUCUACCUUGGAGUGCAGUCCCAUUGGUUGUGAAACAUAGUUGUUUAUGAUUUAAUUAUUUUUAGCUUUUAUUUAAUUCAAUGGUAGAAAUAAUCAAUUGAAAAUUUGAUAUUACCACUAUUAUUUCACUUUCAAAUAUUUGUUUUUAUUUAAAUUUGUUAACUCUUUAAAAUUUAUUACGUCUUCUCCUUUUUCUGAUUCAAUAGAUAUGAAAUUUUGAAAUAUUUAAUGAACCAUCAAAUUUUAUGUAUAUUUUUGCCAGAUGUAAAAUGCAAACAUCUUAUUAACUUAAGUUUAAAAAUAAAUUUUAUAAAUGUCUGUUGUGUUCUUAAUUUAAAGAAGUACUAUGUACUGUAUGAAAGUUGACACUUAAAUGGCAAUUAUUUUUAAAUAUUGAUUGUUGUACAUGAUAAUAAAGCUUUAACAAUAUUUAAACAAUUGUGUCAUUUUUAUUAUAUGUUUGUUCAGAGAUAUUUUUG